AUAAUCCCGCCGCCGCCUGUGUUGUCUUCAGAGCGGCUCAGACGUGAGGCGCGCGCAGAAACUCUGUUUGUUAUCAUCAGAAUUAUUGAUAAUAAGCGGUACAAAUCAUGUAUGAUCAAGACGAAGAUAUCCAGUAUGAUGAAGAUGAUGAUGAAAUCACCCCUGACCUGUGGCAGGAGGCCUGCUGGAUUGUUAUCAGCUCGUACUUUGAUGAGAAGGGUUUGGUGCGGCAGCAGCUGGACUCCUUCGAUGAGUUCAUCCAGAUGUCUGUGCAGAGGAUAGUGGAGGACGCUCCACCCAUAGACCUGCAGGCUGAAGCCCAGCACACAUCUGGAGAGGUGGAGGAACCGCCUCGAUACCUGCUGAAGUUUGAGCAGAUCUACCUGUCCAAACCCACGCACUGGGAAAGAGACGGCGCUCCGUCCCCUAUGAUGCCGAACGAAGCCAGACUUCGAAAUCUCACGUAUUCUGCUCCUCUGUAUGUGGACAUCACAAAGACCAUCAUAAAGGACGGGGAGGAGCAGCAGCAGACGCAGCAUCAGAAAACAUUCAUCGGCAAGAUUCCCAUCAUGCUCCGCUCCACGUACUGUCUGCUGAGCGGGCUGACGGACAGAGAUCUCUGUGAGCUGAACGAGUGUCCACUGGACCCCGGAGGAUACUUCAUCAUCAACGGCUCAGAGAAGGUUCUGAUUGCUCAGGAGAAGAUGGCCACUAACACAGUGUAUGUGUUUGCCAAGAAAGACUCCAAAUAUGCGUACACCGGAGAGUGCAGGUCCUGUCUGGAGAACUCGUCCAGACCCACCAGCACCAUCUGGGUCAGCAUGAUGGCCCGAGGAGGACAGGUAGUCCUAGUUUCCAUCCUAAUGGGAAAAAAUCAAAAGUGA